UAUGACGCUGAAACGUCAACUUUCCAACGCUGUUCCAAAGUCCACGCCUCUUUUACAUCUUUUGGCCACCAUUUCCAACGUAAACGUCACCUUGUCUCAGGGCGCCUAUCAGUACCUCCUUGGCGUUGUCGCUGAUAACCUAAACUAUACUCUUGAAGAGCCCGCAGAGAAAUCGUUGCCAAGCCUGUCGGAAAAACAAAGCGAUCCGAUCCAUCAGGACGGACAAGAGAUUAACGCAACUACUAAGACGUCUGGAAGCUUGCCAGACCUACUGCAAGCAAAGUUGCAGGCGUCCUUUACUCUGCCCUGCUUUAGUCUCGUGCUCAGCUACGAACCCUCGUCCGAGAAUUCUUCGAUGCCAGCCUACGCGUCAUUUAAUGAAAGGAAGUUUGUGAGAGCCGACUUGAAAAGUUUAACAGUGGAAGUAGAAAAACGCCAGGAAGACCUCCAAUGUCUCGUCAGUAUGGAAGGCAUGAAAGUGAUCGACUUGUCGCAGGCGGUGGACGAGAGUGAGUACGCCUACAUCCUUACGGAUGAGAUUUCCACGCGGGCCGGUGAUGAAGGCGAGGAUCUUCAUCUCUUAAAAGUCACUGUUUUGCAGACCACCCCAAAGUCGCCUGUCGCCAUCGCAAGUGACAGCGACGGAAGAACCGUCCGUGUGGAGUUCAGAAAUGCUACGAAGCUUAUUGUGAACCUCGAAACCGCAGUGCUACUUAUCGAUUUCUUCCAGUACAGCGAGGCACAAACCCCAGCCUGGCUGACGUCCAAAAAGGAAGCGAGAACUGGCCAUUCUUUACGGCCAGACACUACUCCAGAACUCGCGCAGGACAUUACUCUCAUGUUCAAGCGACUUUCCCUCCUACUGACCAAGAAGAGCUCUAAGGAAAACGCUCCUCUCACAAGCUUGUACCUCUUUGAGCUCGAUAAUUUGCACCUUUUUGUUCACCUGGGAGGCCUGUAUUCCGGGGGAGUCCGCAUCGACGGGGAAUUUUCGAGUUUCAACGUGUUAGACCUGACACGUGAGUGCGCACCCCACAAGCGCAUUCUUUCCACGAGAAAAGACACUUUUGUUUUCCAAUACAUACAACGGGGCUUCUUCCCUCUUCCCGAUAUUUCGAAGGAAAGAUUUCCGGCUGCGGAGCAGGGAGAUGGCACUUUGUUGCUCAAACUUAGCGGGGUCUCGGCUGUGUUCAUGAAGCGCUUUACGGAUACGUUAGUUGCUUACCAGGCGGACUUCCAGUACAUGAAGGAUAUCUUAGCGUUCAUGCGGACAGGCGUGGAAAACAUGAGCGUGAACAAAAUUUACCUGAGCAUAGAAAUUUCAGACACCAGUGUAUUCGUGCCCUGCUCCUCCCAGGACACGAGAGGCUUCGGUUUCCAGAUAGGCAGCUUGCUUGUAAGGAACCAGUUUAUUACGGAUGAAUUUAGGACAGUGCAGGGCGGGCAAGCGUCCUGUUUGCUAGAUCACAUGCACGUGAGCAUUGAAAAUGUCACUAUGUACGACGCCAAAAAAUUGCCCGAAUACGACUAUAGCUUAAAAAAACGAAGAAAAAUUCUUGGCGAUAUGGCAGUUGAGAUUGUUAUUAAGCGCAGAGUAGCUGGAAAGAUGCAGCAGCAGCUGGCGGCACCUCUUCCCUAUAUCGAUGUUUUUGUUAAUUUGGCGGAGGUAACCAUAACUUUAACAAAUAAGGAGUACGGCAGACUGGUUUUGCUGCUGAUGAAAAACUUUUCUGAGAAGCCGGAUUAUAUACACUCUAAGGACAGUGCGUUGAGCCUUCCUAAUCCAGCGGAAUCCCAUGUGUCUAAUCAAGAGGAGCAGCUAUCAUUGCACUUAAAGCUGAGCCUGACCAAUGUGCUGCUAGAGCUAUUCGAUAAGCAAAAAGGGGCUCCGCUUUACCCUUUAACGCAAAUGGGCAUCAAGGAAUCGAUGCUGGCGAUCGCCCAAAAGAGCUGUGGGGCUCUCUCCAUUAAGUUUGACUGCAAGAGCACUUCCGCGGUUGACACACGGCCCUCGGUGCACAGCGCUUUUAAGACUAUUUUUUCAAGUGUGAGCACGAAAGAGGGUCUGUUCCAUGCGCAAUACACAUGCAACUCCAACCAAUCAGAGCGCACCCUACAUCUUAAAGUUUCAGAGACGCGCAUUUUUUUUGUUGUGGGCUUUUUUUUGGAUCUUCAACAUUAUGUCACGCCGCCGAGUUCCGAAGAGAAUGGGCACCGGAAGUAUGAGAAGUCUCGAGGAGCUGCCAACCCCAAUGAGGGCUCCAACUUUAUCAUUUAUGUGACUGUUGUCAGACCCGAGUUGGUGUUUCUGUUUGACCACACGGUGGAAAAUACACCCACCGUUGUGGUCUCCUGCUCUUGCUCCCUUAAGAAUGUCUUGAACGAGGAGGGCCACUUGAUUCAACUAGGACUGGAGGCGAACGAACUCACUAUCGAAUCCUCAUGGAUGGGAAUAAAUGCGUCCCGAAACGCUCUCCUGGAGCCCACACAUGUUUCGCUCGAGUACAACCUUACCGCAGAGAAGAAUGGAGCGAUGCAGCGAAAAGUUUACGUAAUGAGCGACUCUAUCAAAAGCAGUUUUUCUUUAAGCGAUGUGAACUUCCUGGUUUCCAUGUUGCAAGCGUACAUGGCUGUCUUCCAAACUGACGACGACAAGCUUGUGGAAGCCUUAGCAGAGGAAGCACAGCUUACCAACAAGGAACCCCAGGCACUUCUUAAGGCUGCACGCCAUGACUAUGCGUUUGCUCGGGAGCGAGCUAAGGAAGGGGGCUUCGACCAGUUAUGUACGAAGGUCGAGACAAGCGGCAUCGUUACAGUCAGCCCCAAAAAAAUAACCGACUUUACUGAGGAUGAGGAGCUAAGUAGUCGAAAGUUAGAGGCACCUAGUAUUAUUUGCGGCGAAAGCCAGGACCCAUCACCUUAUUCCUUCCGGGACAUAUACCUUAUAGAAGCCAGAACUCUUUCUCUCCUACUAGUGGAUGACACGCGGGACAUGAUUAUGGGUCUAUUAGACUUUACCAUGCGGGAUACCCAAGGAACAUUAGUACUAACUGAAGAAAAAAAGGAGUGCAACGUGGAAACGCUUCUUACCUGUGACUACUGCAACCGUUCGCUUUCCACGUGGGAGCCCGUCAUUGAAAAAUGCCAGUUAUGCUUUCAGAUGGAGGUUAAUGCUCACAACGGGGCGGACUUGUUUACGCUGAAUUCUAGAGAGAAAGUGGAAUUGAAUAUUACCCGGACCGGUGUCUCCUUACUUUACGAAGUCCUUGGGCUUUACGAGACAUCCAGAGUGCAACAAACCGCAGCCCCCUCAAACGCCAAAGUCUACAAACCUUUUGUUGUGCGCAAUCUCACAGGCCGCCGUAUGAACUUUCGGACACUAUGCAGCGGUCAAGAAGGCGCGUGGAGCUUAGAUCCUGGGCAGGACGUGGCCCUUAACACGAGAGACUUGAGACUCGAUAGCGCAGCUAUUGUUUCCCGAUACUCUGAAGAAAGUAAAAUCAGAGGCUCCACCCUCAUCUUUCAGCUCGAGGGCUGCCGCCCUCUGCCUCCCGUUCACAGCCGGAAUACUGGUUGCAUCGUACACGCCCUUCACGCAGAGGACCCGUCGCUUCAUGACAGCUCUCUUGGCAUCGUUAUUAUCCGCAUAUCCACUCUGCAGAACAACCAAACGGUUUUCGAGGUGGGCUCUCCCACUCUUGUGGUCAACGAGUUACUGGACCCCCUCAGACUGGCCUUUGAGGACUCUUCCCAGACGGUAGAUUUGGCGAAGCUGGCCAAAACCAAUCUGCCACUGCACCUUAGUCAUAGCAAGUUCAACAUUCAGCCGCUCGGUGGCUCGGGCUUUGAAAAGUCAUCAGAGUCGUUUAACUGGGAGCUUAACAGCAACCUCUCUAAAGAGCAGUUUGUAUUUAUUUGUAAAAGUUUGAGUGAAAGAGAGGCGGCACCGUAUAUCAUUGCCAUGACCUGCGAGAGUCGCUUUUCCCGAAAAUAUCGAACCUACGUUCUUACCUUUUUUCAUCCCGUUCGACUGGAGAAUGCCCUUCCGUGUGUUUUAAACAUCACGCUUGGCAGCAACGAGCGGUUUGCCAUCCAGCCCGGAAAGGCGGUGCAUCCCAAGGCGUGUCUUCCCGGAGAAGAAGUGAAAUACCAAUUACAGUUUCCGCCAUACCGUCAAAGAGGUUCGCAGGUGACUGUACUGUACGAGAGAAAAGACAGUGAAAAGGGCAAGGACAGUGCUGCGCCCGUGGCCAGGAUUCUUAGCGUUCCCUUCCGCCACACAGACGACUCGCAUACUCUAAAUCUAAACGUGUCGCAUUUCAAGCGAGACGGUCGCGUGGAGGCCAUACGUUUUUGGGUGCCGUUCUGGAUGGUUAACAGGACCGGCGUUGACUUGACGUACAGACAACUCAACAGUAAAGAAACGUUUAUGUCGCGAUAUUCCUCCUCCAUUUACGAAUCAGUGAUUAUGUUUUCAUGCGACGUAAAAAACCACAACAACCAAAAUCCUAUGUGUUUACUGCGCUGCGAGGGCUCCGACUGGUCCAGCCCAUUCAUUCUGAAGGCAGCUCCUGCCGAGCCUCUCUAUCUUCCUGUUAACAACGGAGUCAACAAGGAAAUCAAAGUUUCCAUGCAGCAGGGCAUUGGCCUGUUCAACAGGACAAAUAUUAUUACAUUUACACCGGCGUUUAUGUUUUACAAUCAGAGCGCAUUUGAUAUUCAUUGCAUAGCCGCCCAUAAGUUAGCUAAAGGGUUGCUUUCUUGCGUUCAAGUGCUAUCCCCUGGCGAGCACUUUCCUUUUUGGCAUUUAUCCGAUGCUAGCGAGAAGUCUAUUUGUCUUCGAAUUCCCGCAUUAAUGGCAGAGCAAGAUUGGUCAAAACCUUUUGCAGUGGAAACAGUUAAAAAGUUUCACGUUUUGCUGUGCUCAGAUGGCCUGCAGUGUGAGUAUUUGAAUGUGUCUGUAUCUUUAAACAACGGAGUUUUCAGCGUAGUAUUUGGCUACAAAAAUUACUUUGGAAUGCCUCUUCUAUUAAAAAAUAGGACUGGCUUUUGCGUGGAAUAUCAACAAAAAGGAGGCAAGUUCGUUCAAAUUCUCCCCCCAGAAAGACAAGUUUGCACAUCUUUGGAGUACUACUCCCUCUCUACCAAAGAAUUGCUGCUUUGGAACAGCGACUGCCGGCGGGGCUCACUCGUUACGCUAUCUUUAGACCUCUCCGAAAAGGAGCAAGUCUUUUCAUUUCCAAUAUUCUGUCGUAUUCGAAAGAAUGGGUUGGUGGUGUCCGCAACGACCCAAGGUUCGUCUAAGGAGAUUCAGUUGAUUCUUGAAGAAGCAAGCGCCUCUUCUCGACAGCUUUGGUGCUUUAAAGAUAAUGGAACUUUGUAUAAUAAAGCAUUUGACGCUUGUCUUGGAUACGAAAGCGGCAAGUUUUUUUUGGAAUGCCCUACGAAGAAGUCUCUUUGCACCUGGAAAGUCACGUCUUCCUACUAUAUUCACCUCUGCUCGGGAUCCAAGCCCAGCAACGUGUUUUUGAAAAACGACGUGGCAGAUUCUAAACCAGGCGGGCUUGUUACAUGCCAACCACUAAGUUCCUCAUCUGAGCGAAGUGCGUUUGUGUUUGACAUUAUUCCUGUUAUGCCAGGGACGGGAAAGUUUAGCGUAACCAUUAAUUCCUUUGGCCCUCUAAAAGAGCUUUUCUUAUGCGAUUUGCCUGGGAACCACAGCCCUCAAGCUGGUCGAGGCUCUUCUCAAAACAAUUCGGUCAAGAGUGGCAGCCUUUUAUUCUCGCCAACCAGAAGGUUUGAAGUAAAAGCGAGCUUCGGCGUUUCAUUGAUCGACGACAAUGCCUUUGAACUGGCCUAUGUUAGCCUCAAGGACUUCUUUGCGGUAAUUGCCACGGCUAAAUCGUCUGCCAAGUUCUCUCUGCAUGUGAGCGCAGUGCAAAUUGAUAAUCAAAUAUUCUCUCAACCGACCCAAAAACUCCCAAAUUAUAAAACGGUAAUAUUGGCUCCAAUGAACCUACAAAGAACGGAUUCCAGAAAGAAAAACUCUAGUACGCCAUCCGGCUCUUCGUCUAGCUCGAGCCAGACUUCCAUUGCGGAAAGCGAAGGGUCUUCUCUUAACAGGCUUCUCUCUGCGUUAGAGGGACCCUUUUUAAAGUUUUCUGGCACGAUGAACUUUGAUGACCAAACAGGGAAUACUUUCUGGGACAAAAUAUUUUUGCAAAUGCAAAGCUUUUGCUUGUCAAUGAAUGAGGAGUUUUUAUACAGAAUCAUUCACUUUCUUCGCUCUGUGAACAAUUUUCAAGCUCAACCUAAGAGCAGCCAGGACGGACGCACCAAAGGCUCCAACUCUCUUGCUUUUUUGGAGUCUAAAGAAAUUAGCUCCCCGGAAGACAAUGGCCAAAAGGGUUUAAUUUAUCUCGGCUCUAUACUAAUCCAAACGAUUGGUUGUUCGGCCUCUCUCCGACGUUCGUUCGAGCUCACCAUACCUUUGAAGGAAUUUGAAGAGCUUAAAGCGAGUAGUGGCAUUCCAACUGUUGUCUUUUUCAAAGACAUGUUUCUCGAGUUGCGCAAGUUCCAAAUUGACAGCGCCAUGAACACCGUUCCCGAGCUGUUGGCCAUUGUUAAAAAGCACUACCUCACACAACUUCUCGGACACUGGUACAAGAUAUUUGCGGCCGCGGAUAUUUUUGGAAAUUUCGGAGGAACGCUAAAAACCUUUUCCAAAGGCGCCGGAAACAUUAAGGAGGGGUUUCUCUCUAAAAAUAUCGGUGAUGCUGGUGAAAAUCUUGGCAGGGGGGCGGGCGAUCUCUUAUUGGGUGUUAGCGGCGGAAUCUCUCAUGGUGUAUCGGCGGUGAGCGGCGCCAUCUCUCAUGGUUUUGCAAGUGCGACUUUUGACGAGCGGUACAAGCGUGACCGCCAUCGAAUCAAGCAUGAGAGCGAGAGCAGAAGUGACACAGUGAAGGGCGGGCUCACCAUGCUCGGAAAAGGGUUUUACAGUGGGCUCACAGGCAUCUUUACUCAACCAUUUAAAGGAGCUCAAAAGGAGGGCGUAGAGGGUUUUGCUAAGGGCAUUGGGAAGGGUCUGGUCGGAAUCGUGACGAAACCCGUUAGCGGCGUUUUUGAUCUCACGGCAGACUUGACAGCAGCCGUUCGGGACAGCGCCAUUCAAAUGAAAAUACCUCAGUACCAACCAGAGCGUCUUACUCGGUACAUUCCGCCCAGUCGAACAGUCUGCCCCUACGACCCUGAGGCCGCCAUGGGCCAGCGUGUCCUCUGGAGCAUAAUAGUGCUGGAACAAAGGGAGGCGGAAAGCUUUCCCUUGGAAACAAAUGUUUUGCUGCAAGAGACUUAUCUUAAGCUCUUUGCUUUGGAAAAUCAGUUUUACUUAAUGACAACUACAAAACGCAUUCUACUCCUUAGCGUAAAGAACUUGGACAAGGGGAAGGUCAAUUAUCACGUAGAGAAAAAGGUUUCCUGUAGCGAUAUUCAAGCUGUUGGAGUGGUAAGGGGCGUUACAGUUUCAAUAAAAUACUGCGUAAAGUUAGUAGAGAAAAGAAAGUUUUCGAGUCAUUUUAUAUCCCGCCGGCGCUCCAGCCACCUUGAAUUCUAUGAAUGGUUUAUAGAGGCCGGAAAUGAACAGGAUGCCUCGAUACUUAGUGACGCCAUAAAAAACGCUGUGUCUACGAGUAAGCAAAUCGAAGAAAAUACUUUACAACUGGAAGCUUCACAGAGCUAGCGGAUGCCUA